AUGGGCCAAACGAACCUAACAGUGCUAACCGAAUUUAUUUUAAUGGGAGUAACGAAGAGACAUGAACUGCAUCUCCCCCUUUUUGGAGUCUUUCUCAUCAUCUACAUGAUCACAGUUGUGGGCAACUUGGGCAUGAUCAUCUUGACCAAGGUGGAUGCCCGCUUACAUACACCUAUGUAUUUUUUUAUCAGACAUUUAGCUUUCAUUGAUCUUGGUAAUUCUACUGUUAUUUAUCCCAAGAUGCUAGUAAAUUUUGCUCUGGAUAAAAACACAAUAUCCUAUUAUGAAUGUGCUGUACAGAUGGCUUUCUACAUUUUAUUCAUUAUCACUGAACUCUACAUCCUGGCAGCCAUGGGCUAUGACCGCUAUGUGGCCAUCUGUAACCCUCUGCUCUAUAAUGUUAUCAUGUCCCAGACACUUUGCCAUGUGCUCAUAGGCAUUCCAUAUCUCUUUUGUACCUUUCAGUCUCUGUUACUCACCAGUAGGAUAUUUACAUCAACCUUCUGUGGUUCCAAUGUUGUCAGUGACUUCUUUUGUGAUAAUGUUCCCUUAAUACCUUUGCUCUGCUCAAAUGCUCGACAAAUAGAACUGAUGAUCAUAUCACUUGCAUCUUUUAAUUUGAUGUCCUCUCUCCUAAUAGUCCUGGUGUCCUAUUUGCUGAUUCUGAUGACCAUAUUUCGAAUGAAUUCUGCUGAGGGCAGGAAAAAAGCUUUCUCGACAUGUGGCUCUCAUCUGACAGUGGUGGUAGUGUUCUAUGGAUCUCUACUGUUUAUGUAUGUGCAGCCUGAAUCUGCACACCCUUUUAGCACAGACAAAAUUACCUCUGUGUUUUACACUUUAGUUAUUCCUAUGCUUAACCCCUUCAUCUACAGCUUAAGAAACAAAGAGGUAAAAAAUGCCUUCUACAGGACCUUUAAAAAUCCAUGUAAACGUUGUAUUUAA